UGAAGGCUGUAAAGAAGUGAAAAGAAAAUGUCGACUUUAAGAUAUUGUGAUAAAAUUCGCUGGACCCGUACCCAUUCUGUAACACAGCUGAGAGCAGCGCUGGGUGUUAGGAUGGAAAUGAUGGAUGUGUGUGGAUGAUGUACGCGCAUCGGGGAUCAUUCCUUCUCUGAUAGAAGAGUCUCCGGGAUAAAAAAUCACCAUCGCAUCUCUUCGCCCGUCUGCCUCUUAAUAUUCCGAAAAAGAGUUGAGUGCAGCGGAGCAGAGGAGAGGACAGGAGGUGGAUAGCUCUGGGAAUGAAAGACGCUACCAUUGCAUCUCUGGACGGCUGCACAGUUCUCCUGAUUGAAGGGCCCGCUGAAGGACCGGGAAGCCAAACCCACCAAUGUGGGGACGGAGAGAGCCUAUAUAAAGCCCAGCAGCGGGAUUUCAGAUGGUGUCUGUCACCAUCAUCAUCAUCAUCAUCAUCGCCGCUUUUCGACCUGCAAACUGACUUGGAUUGAUCAUUAUUUUGUGUUGUCAGAAUAGCAUAAAGGAGCAGCCAUGUCUCAUGGAUGGGGAUACGGACCAACCAACGGACCUGACAGAUGGGUAGAGGAUUUCCCUGUAGCUGACGGGCCCAGACAGUCUCCCAUCAACAUUGUCCCUAAGGAGGCCAAAUAUGACUCUACUCUGAAGGCUCUGAAACUCAAGUAUGACCCCUCCAAUGCCAAAGGCAUUCUCAACAACGGACACUCCUUCCAGGUGGACUUUGUGGAUGACACAGAUAGUUCCAUCCUGACUGGAGGUCCUAUUUCUGGAACAUAUCGUUUGAGGCAGUUUCAUUUCCACUGGGGAGCCAGUGAUGAUAGAGGCUCCGAGCACACUCUCAAUGGCAUCAAGUUCCCCAGUGAGCUUCACCUGGUACACUGGAACACUAAGUACCCUAGCUUUGGAGAGGCAGCCAGCCAGCCUGAUGGACUUGCCGUGGUUGGGGUCUUUCUCAAGACUGGUGCUGCCAACCCCAGGCUUCAGAAAGUUCUGGAUGCCUUGGAUGCUAUUAAGACGAAGGGAAAGCAAACCACCUUUGCUAACUUUGAUCCAAAGACUCUUCUACCUGGUUCUCUGCAUUAUUGGACCUAUGAUGGCUCUCUGACAACACCCCCCCUGUUGGAGAGUGUCACCUGGAUCGUCCUCAAGGAGCCAAUCAGUGUCAGCCCUGCACAAAUGACCAAGUUCCGCAGCCUCCUCUUCACUGGAGAAGGAGACACUCCAUGCUGCAUGGUGGACAACUAUCGGCCUCCUCAGCCUCUGAAGGGUCGUCAGGUCCGGGCUUCCUUCAAAUGAGCUUCAUCUUCUUUGCCCCUGUAUUCAUCCUUCCCAAACCUUUUUACUCCCAUUAUUCUCCGUUUGCAGUCUUUAGCUUAAAGCCCUAUUGACGACUUGAAAAGUAGAAUAAAAACCUGCUUACGCUUAUUACAACAUGUAUCUUCAAUUAAAACCAUAAAGACAUAGGCUGCAUUUAUACUUUUCAUUUCAAAAGCGUCUCAUAACCGGAUAAAAUCCAGAUGAUAUUUAAGACUUAUUGCCAAGGCUCUGAUCCGACAGGUCGCGUUUUUUUGCGGUGAGAGGCAUCUUUUUCAAGUUGCUUUCAUUUUACGCGCUGCUAAUGUGCAUGACCAUAUCACAUCUUUGACAUGCAUUUUGCAGGAGCACUCUGAAUGCAUUGAAAAAACUUUAACUAAGAGGAAAAAAAAGCGUUCAACCUCAUUUGUUUUUUUUUUCCAUUGUCCAGUCAGAUUCGAUUUGUGAGUUUACUUCCCAGCACAAUCAAGCAACGCAAGUUGCAUGAAGUCUAAGUGUAAAUGGUGUCAUAGAUUGUGCACCCAUAAAAUAGCAAAGACAAAGGUACCCAAAGAUUUCUAUCCCAGAAAACACAGGUCCCAAUGGACAAGUGAUGUACUUAAAUUGUCACAACUACUAAUAGUGGGAAUUCUGAACGCUGAUCUCCUUAUUUUUUAUACGUUUAUAGACGUUUAUAACGUCUUAUGCAUCACAUUUUCCCUGGCCAUGUUAUAACUAAUAAUUAGGGCCCAAGCAUGAAAAAUCCAAGGACCCUAUUGAAAUUUCAAGGAUUUUUUUCUUUCUUUUUCCUGCAAAUCGAUCUCAUUUUUGUACCAAAUUUUAUAAGAGUACCUCCUUUAACACAUCUACAAGCCAAUAUUCAUAGUGCCACCUACUGGCAACAAGAAGCGACUACAUCUAUGCUGUGAUGAACCACUUCUUGCAGGUUGGCCAUUUCUUUUUCAAAUCUAUCUCAAGCUUGUGCGUUUUCCUUAAACAGCCUGUCCGUGGUGUGGUGGCGAAGUUCCAUGCUUCGCCUUAAAACAGGUAGUCGUCAUAACUUCACUGUACAUGCUCAAAUCUGUAUCAAACUUUACACACAUCCACACGCCAUUAUUCUAUAGUCGUAGCGGCACCUAUAGGCAACAGGAAGAAAGCUCUGUGUUGCAAUCAUCACGUUAUUUAAAACUGAAGUGACAUUUAAGACCUUUCGUACAGUGUCCAAACCGCGUGGCAAAUUCUGAGCCGUGCUGCAGAGCUGCUGAAUCUGCGAUGUGGGCACGUCACACCAUGACACGCUUCAUGUGCAAGGGCCCGCCCAACGCUGCUUGCUUUAUAUGAAUUAUUUUCUUAUUUAUAGUAUCUUUUCAUGUGUGCUUUAUCAGGCUUUAUCAUAGACAAAAUCUAAUCAAAAUUAUAAAAGUAGAAGUUGUGUUAAUAUAGGAAAUCUUAAUAAAUAUUAUAUUUAACAUUUCAAGCAACAGAAACUUAUUAGCAUUAAUGCACUGAAGUAAAAAAACACAAACUACAGGCAACUGUAUAUUAUGGGAUCAUGUGUGAUUUAUAUUAAACUUUAAAAGCACACCUGAAUUACAUGCAAAGAUAUUGAUCAGUAAUAAAUCUAAUUAACUCAUUAACACAAGCUACAGUAUCGCCAUUACUACUAAUAAUAAAAGUGAUGAUAAUCCAUCCAUCCAUCCGUUGUCAACCGCUUAUCCUGUGUACAGGGUUGCGGGGGGCUGGAGCCAAUCCCAGCUGACAUUGGGUGAAAGGCAGGGUACACCCUGGACAGGUCGCCAGUCCAUUGCAGGGCGUGAUAAUAAUGAUAACACUUCUUAUAAUACUUAAUAAUUCAUCAUCCUUUCUAAAAUAUAAAUUAUUUGCCUUGUUUGAAAUUAAAGCAUUUGUGAAUUUCCCCUGCUCCUUUCUAUGCAUUUCAUUGUGUUGUAAUUCACAACACAUAGACAGCUGCUCAGAUUGUGAAAGCGAAAGUUUUUCCUGAUGCCUCAUUUUGUCAGUUUGAGACAAAGUGACCAUACUGAGCUUGGACUUGACAUUUAUAUUUGGUGACAAUACAGUUGUACACUGUGGCCACCACCCAUCAAUUGGCAUUUCUAUGCAAGUAGAUUUUUAGACUCAUGAUUACCUCAUUGCGGUACAAUAAUGCUAUGAAAGUAUGUUAGGAAGGACGGUAUUGGCUGAUAGCACAGCCUGAGGCCAUGUCUACAUUAAUGUGCAUUGUGUCUGUCUCUGUGUUGGGCUUCUAUCCAUUCUAGGUAAAUGGAGCUUUUAUUCUAAAACUGGUCAGCACCCUACUGGCACAUCUGCAUUACUGUGGUAAUGGCUCUAGCCAACUCUUUCUAUAAGUGGUUCUACCGUAAGUGUUACAUUUUUUUUAAAGAACUGGGACAACUGAACUACCUAUCACCACAGUGCAUUAUAUCUUUAAGAUUCAUGUAAGAUGGAGCUAUUAAUGUUGGAAAGAAUGUAAAGAAUCAAUUUAUGACUAUACAUUAACACACGCUUCAAUAUCACUAUAGGCUAUAGAAUCUUUCAUUAAAUUAUUAAACUUUGGUAGCAAUGUCUGCAGUCAUUACUCCAUCUAACUAAACUAAGGUCAAUGGCAGGUAUUCAUAAGAGACCAGCGCAAUAUUACUUUUUAGCUUUUAUAUCAAUGUUAAAAAAUGUCAUAAAACAAUCAGCUUUCAGUGUGGCUAUAGUGAAACAAGCAGUAACCCUUUAAAGUGUGUCCUUUGAAACUGCUGUCACAUAACAUAUGGGCAAAUGUUUUGUGUGAAUCAGUUGUGUCUUUAAUGGAAAAUAAUUUUAUCAAUAAAAACUCAGCUAACUUA